GGGCGAAACUUUGAAGUCUUCGUCGGGUUCUUUUUUUUAUAUUUUUUUUUGUUUGUUUGUUUCCGUUUAUUUCGGGUGUCCAGCUGGCUCAUCAUGUCAAGCAACAACGCCGCUAGUAAUCUCGUUGCAAUGCGAAAAACUGUGCAGCAACUUCGUCAGGAAGCGAAUAUCCGCAGAAUCAAGGUGUCCCAGGCUUCAUCUGAGCUGAUGAAAUUUUGUGAAGUCAACGCUCAUAAAGACCCACUGCUCAUGAGGAUCCCGACUAGUGACAAUCCCUUCCGUCCCCCCAAAUCUUGCUGUGUUCUGUGAUGAUUAUUCCUUUUCUGCAGCUGCGGAAUGUAUGACUGUCAUAUGAUCUAGCCAACUGAGAAAAAUACAUUCCUCCCAAAAGGCUUGGCACCAGAAACCACAAGUGCAAACAAACUACAGCAAACAGAAGCAACAGCCUGCCACACUUUUUUUUUCCAGACAAAUUGAGAAGAAUAAACACAAAGACACAACUUGAACACAACGUCCAGGGCUGGGCACCCCCUUCACUCUCAAGAUUAAUUUGUAUAGAAGUAUAAAUUGUCGCCACAUGCCAACUGACCAGAGUGCUGUGGUUUGUUAUGUGCAAGAAGCGUAUCAAAACAAUUUCUAUUGAUGAAGUUCUCUUUGAACCUUUUUAAUUGCUUCCUUAAACUUGGGGAAAGAAGUCAAAUCAAGUGAAAAAAAUCAUUUUAACACACGUGAGCUAAGUUCUCCAUACUUUUGCGAAAGCGUAAAUUGGGCAGACCCUCACCUUUUUUUUAAUAAUGUUUAGUGUUCACCUCACUGCUGUUUCUUUGCACCACUAUUUUAGCUCUUCUUUGUGCACAUUUUUCCCUCACUGAAGUUAACUGGCAUCUUGAGCUUAGCCCAGUAUGAAUGUCAGCACGUCUUGCAGUUGUAGUCAUGUGGCCCUCCUUGUGUCCUCUGGUGCCAGGAUAGACUCCAUGACCCCACACUUAGACACAAUGGAUAAAUGGAUGCGGUUUGCUUUUAAACCUUUUUCACACCUCAGGCAUUGAAUUCAUUAGACUGUAUGCCACAAGGAUGACUUAGACUACUUACCCUUAAAGGAUACGUUUGGUACCUAUUAUUUCUUAUUAUUUUGUUUAUUUCUUCACAAACAUCGCGUAUAUGCAUUUGUCGUGUGAACUUGUGCUCUAAAGUUAAGUGCUGUCUGCCAAUUUAAAACAAUAUCUUACCUGCUGUGUUGCUUUACAUUGGAGGCUACGGGGCAGGGAGGAAGAGCAUAAAAAUGUAGCAAAUACAUCCAAUAAUCAAGCCAAGACAGCUAUCGAGUAUCGAUUCACGCCUUGUGAUUACACACACAUCAUAAAAUAGCUUAUGCAUGUCAUUGUAAAAAGAAAAACGCCGAUAUUAUUAGUUUCGUCCAUUAUAAAGUAAGAUUAACGAAGUGCUGAGGUAUCGCCCACUGGUUAACUGCGCAAUAGCCUUUCACCCCUUUGGUGUGUGGUCUCCUCUUGAAAGACCAAAUCGCAGUAAACUUUUUGGUUUUAUUUUGAUUUACUUCAGUGUUUAUAUGAAUAAAAAAACUUAUCCUUACCACAGGGAAAAAUAGUAUCAGGAAUAUGUGAUAAAAUGAUCAUUUCCAGUUCCUGUUUGUUGUCGGAAACAUGGAAGACACAAAUAGAUACUUGACAGCUGUCCUGGCUUGAAAGAUGGAUGUAUUUGGUAAGUUUUUAAACUUUUCCUCCAUGCCUCAUACGCCUCCAUUGUAAAGCGCCAGUGCGGGCAAAAUAUUUUUGUUUUAAUUUUUGAAAGCGCUAACUUUAGAAACACAAUUUCUUGUGGCAAAUGCAUAUACACCAUGUUUGUGAAGAAACAACUUCGACUUGAAAAAUACUAAAGUUAUCCUUUAACUCACUGUUUGACCCUGAGCCAGUUACUUAACUUACCUGUAAUCCAAUUGUUAAAAUAUAUAUAUAUAUAUAUUAAACUGUAGAUGUUGGGUGUCUUGUGAUGAUGUUUAGGGUAGAAAGGAGCAAAAUAAGAAGAAUAAUCAUAGGAUUCACACUACAUAAUGUAUAUCAUAGAGGCUUUUGAUUGGCUGAGCACUUUAGGUCAAUGUGGUUGAUGGGCCAAUGAUAUGAAUGUGUUAUUUUAUUUUUUAUUUUUUGAUCAUUUUUACUUUUGGCAUUUUUUCAGAAGUCAAGAGGCUUUCUGUCUGAGUGCUACUAACUACACUACUAACAUACAUUUGGCUCUGUCUGCUGAUAUUUUAUUGUUUCUGGAUCUCGUGUUAAUACGCCAAAGGUACUGCAAAUGUCUAUUUUUAAAUCUUCAAGCUCUGUUUAGGUUUGUAUCUCUGUCUGUAUUUGUCUUCAUUAUGCUGUUUCAAUUGUUACGGAUUAAACUUACUGUAUGCA